AUGGAUCGUAUUGAAGCGCUUCUCGGUGACGUGAAAAAAGAGCUGACGACGUAUAGGAGUGCUGUUACUACUGGCCUAGUUAGUGGAAUAAAAAACCACCUGACGUCAUUGGUCGAUUUGGCAAUGCAGACAUCGAAUAAAGAUGUAGUAUCUUCGAUGCAAUCGAUGUCGUCAGGGAUGUCGGAGCUCAAUGACGAAAUUAAAAGACUUUCUACUGUGACGAUUGAUAUGGCGGCUAACUCAACCAUGCAGCACUACCCAACAAGAGGACUGGAAAUUCUCGAUGAGUCGAAGAUACUAUCUACAAAUUUUGCAGUGGCUCAUAAAAGAAAUGUACAUUUGCCUACGCCGCCGGCUGAGGGCCCAAGUUUGUAUGCCGAAUUAAACGCGGGCGAUGAAAAUGAAAAUAUGGUUGACAAUUCUGGAUGGCGAGUUUUGGGCAACAAGAAGGUAUGGAAAGCCUCGUGGCUGGAGUACGAUCAAAAGGAAUCACGUCGUUUAGAGCAGGAAAGAAGAGCUGAGCAAGCUAGAAGUAGAAGGAGGCGAAAUCGAAGGAAUCGUAACGUCGCACACAAUAAUAACGUAAAUAACAACUGUAGGCAAAACAACUACAACAACAACCGCAGAAAUAUCAACAAUAACAACAACAAUCACCGCGAAAAUAGUAAUAAUAACAACGUGAACUUCAGAUCCAACAGUUAUUACUCCAAUAAUAACCGUAACACAAAUCGUAAUAAUCGUAACAACAACAGCAACCGUAACUUCAACUAUACUAGGACUCAGAAUCAAAAUACCUGGCUUCCACCUGAUAGAGUACUUCUUGCAGCAGCAAAAGAUCAGUUUUCUAGGCCACCAGCUAAUUAUCAUCCAUCAAUACAGUUUCAAAGAGGUGAAAUUUUAAACCCGUAUCCGGUAAAUGGUAAUCUACAACGAUCUCUUCCGGCCCACACUUCCGACCUGAUGGCUCCAGGGCAUCCUCCAGGUGGAUCGUGUGACGCGUGUUCAUGUCGACACACGUGUUUUCGGAGCACUCGACGCACUCCCUAG